CAUUUGGUCAAGGAGGAAGCGUCUCCAAUUAUCCAGGAGCACAUCCCUGGACUUCUCUGCGCUCUUUUGCCUCCAGAUCCAUACACAUUGAUUCUGAGCGAGCCGGGAUCGAUGCGGACGACUCAAGAAACCCGCAUGUGCAUUACUCAUGCGGGAUGGUGUGUAUUUGCGCAAAGAAAUCAAACAACGGGAAAAGGAAAAAAAAAAUUCUACCCACAAUAUGAAGGAAAUAAGAUGUGGGUUUAGGUGUGUCUAUGGCAAACUGUUCCCAUCUCGCCUUUUUAUUGUUUUCAUUUGUUUUUAUAAUAGAAUAUAACAUUGUACAGCACAGCCUAGGUUGGUUUAAACUUGCUCUAAAAUUAAAUUGACUUGACUUGAUAUGUAAAAACGAUCAUUCAAUUCGAUAGGCAUGCUGGUCCUCCUCAGCCCCCUACCAGAUGUGUCUAAUGAGUGGGCCGCCUUCACACCACAAACGCCCCGCUUUACACCUGCACCUGUCGGGUGUUAACUGGAAAUAAUCGACGCGUUUGGGGAGAGAGAUGGUGGUGGCGGCUCGGUUCAGCACGCUGGACAGCGCUCGUGGAAGUUGGAGAGGACGGCCGCGCGCGGACACCCGAGGAUUUAAUGAAUAGGAUUUUGUGGGAGCUGCUGGAGAGAUGAGCGACGGUUGACCAUGGUUGACUGUAAGUGCUUAUUACCGACAACCGGCGCAGGUAACCCGAGGGCGGACUUUCUAGAGUGAGACAUGGACUUUGCUGAAAUUCUCUUCGCUUUGUUCAUCAUCGUGGUCGCGGUCGUCUCGUUGUUGUCCAACUUGUUGGUGCUGCUAUGUUUCAUCCACAGCACCGAGAUACGCCGCCAAGUGCCCGGUGUUUUCACCAUGAACUUGUCCUUCUGCAACAUCCUCAUCACUGUGUUGAACAUGCCGGCCACUUUGGUGGGAAUUAUCAGGGACCAGCAGCCUUUUGGGGAUUGCAUUUGCCACACGGUGAGCUUUCUGGAGACUUUUCUGACCGCCAACACCAUGUUGAGCAUGGCAGCUCUCAGCAUAGACCGCUGGAUUGCGGUGGUCUUCCCGCUCAGCUACUCUACUAAAAUGCGCUACAAGGACGCGCUGAUCAUGGUGUGCUACUCCUGGCUGCACUCCUUCACCUUCUCCCUGACGGCGCUGCUCUUCUCCUGGGUCGACUACAACCCCGUUUACGCGUCCUGCACCUUGCAGCCGAGCGGGGAAGGCAGCGACAGGAUUAAGUUUACAAUCUUCACUGUUGUUUUCCACGCCACUAGUUUCAUGCUCUCCCUGCUCAUAUUGUGUUUCACCUACUUAAAGGUGUUGAAAGUCGCCAGGUUUCACUGCAAGAGGAUCGACAUUAUCACCAUGCAGACUCUUUUCCUUCUGGUCGACAUUCACCCAAGCGUGAAACAGAGAUGUUUAGCAGAGCAAAAGAGGAGAAAGCAGAGAGCCACAAAGAAGAUCAGCAUCUUCAUCGGCUCCUUCAUCAUCUGCUUUGCUCCUUAUGUAAUUACAAGGUUGGCCGAGCUCCUGCCCUUUGUGGACAUCAACCGCCGCUGGGGGAUCAUCAGUAAGUGUCUGACAUACAGCAAGGCUGCAUCUGACCCCUUUGCCUAUUCCCUUCUCCGUCAGCAGUACAAGAAAGUGCUAGUUACUGUCGUCAACAGGCUACUCCGCCGCGACCUCUACCCCUCAUCCGGCCACAACAGCUCUGUAGACACAGAGAACGACUACUGUCUCCAGAGGAUCAGCUAAUGGCAGACGCGGACAUGACAGAUACACACUACAGGCCAAAGAUAAAGGUUGUCUCUUGGAAGAAGGUGUGUGGAGGAAACGAAUGAGGAGAGAAACAGAGAGGGCAGGAUGCUGGGAGGAAAGGGAAAAGAGAGCCGAGGAGGGGACAGAUUGUGAGUGGGGGGUGAAGAGAGAGAGCAAAAAUAAGGAAAAUAGUGGGUGGAGAAGAUUGAGAAGACAGUAAUGAGGGGGAGUAUGAAGGUGGCGGAGUGGAAAACAGGUAGGGAGCGGCGGAGAUGAUGUGGAGAUGGCCUCAGAAAGUAUUGGUAAACAAGACAGCUGUGAUUCAUCGGUGGCAGCAAAACUCACUAAACCACAUAGAGGCACACACACCCCACCGCUGGUUCUCUUUGAGCGACAUGUAUAAAGUGGCCUUUUGUACUGUACCAACCACUUUGUAAUGAUUUUGGCAAAUCCACAUGUCCUCUGCCACAAAACGCAGGGAAAAAGCAAGAAGCUAAAGGUCAAUAGGUGCUGGAGUGAACAUAUGAAAAGAGUAAAGACUAUCUUGCUCUCGCUUUUGGAUAAUGUAUUCUUAGGUGUGGAGACCCAACUGCUGCACAUUAUUGCUAUGUUCCAUAUUGACCAUGUUAGACUACUUUGCUGUGUCAGUCACUGAAUAUUGAUGCACUCUGUCUAAUUCUCUCAGAGCUACUAUAGAUACAGGAGCCAAAGGCAAAUAACAAUCACACUAUGAUAGUAAAUGCUACAACUGGUGAUAGCUAUAUUUUUUUUAUUGUCAACAAGGGCCAUGUGAAGACUGAAAUCAACAAGGAGUUACAUUUUUUCAGAGCCUUUUUUAAUUUUUAGUUUAUGGCACUUUGCCUUUAUUUGAGAGGUAUGACAUGCAACACAUGUCUUCUGUCAAAUCAAACCGUCAAUCAAACAUUGUGUUUUUAACAAAUGGGAUUCUUCCAUAUUACUAGGACACAAUGAUGUGUGAUGAUCUCAAAAAAACAGAUCAUGAAUAUAUAUACUUUCAGUUUUAAAACAGGUUUCAUAAUUUCUUGAAUCAGGCACAGGGCACUGUAGUUUUUAGAGAACAUUGUUCAAACUGGAAAAAAAUUGUUUGGGAUCUAUUUUCAGCAGCAGAUUUAUAGACAUUUAAUGCACUGGGAAGUAUUUACGACAGCAGUUUGACGGAAAAUAAAAAUACAGUGCCCUGGUUUGUGGAAGUGAAGAACCAUGUCACCCAGUGCAACAGCAUGGCUUAUUGAUAUGCUGAUGAGUUUUUUAUAACUGACAAACAAAGACCAGCCCAUGUAAGUAAGCAGUAAGUACCGGUGGUCGUUUCACCAUGCUCCAACUUCCUACGCCACUUGGUCUGCAAAGCAUCUUAGUUUGGAUGUGUUUCAUCUAAUUAAAAAUAUAACUCUCUUGGGAAUUAAGCCAGCAUACUCACACAUCCAGGAGGCAGGGAUAACACUCGUUAGUCGGAUCAAUUCAUUAUUGCUGUGGGUCUUUAUUGGCUCUUUACGGGAUUUGUUGACAAAAAGAAAAACGUAGAAUGUUACUACCCAUGUUACCCUUAAAGUGUGAGUUUGUGACUGAAUGUACUAGAGAUAGUCCACUUUUGACUGACAUGCAUAUGUCCAACUGUUUCUAUGUACAAAUGUUUCUAUGGAUAUUUACAUGAUGUUGUUAUAUAUUUUGCACUGUACAGGAACUUUUUGUCUAGAUAAAAGGGGAGCAUUGUGAUGUAGCAUAGGAAUGCUUUCAAAGUGCUUUAAACACACCGUUUUGUGUUUCGUGCCAGAUUUUAAUAUGUGACUUUUUCAGUGAGUUAAACCAGAAUAGCUGCUUUGUUAUUAAAAAUCUGUUUCUUUGGAUGUGCUUUAUGCAUAUGUAUUUUCCCUCCUGUAAGCUACUUGCUGUUCUUUGGCAGUGUGAUUACCUAUUAGUGGAAUAUGUGCAAUAAAAGCUGUCAAUUAAAAAUCUUUUAGAAAUAUUAAUGCUUUCACAGUAAUGUUAUUUGAUCUAGAUAAUGAGCUUUGAUUUAAUUAGUACGUUUAAAAAUUAAAUUCAAGCAGUACAGUUCAGUCUUAUUAAAUGACAAAUAGUAGGACUUAAACGAUAGAUGAGGAUUUUAGACAACUUACUGUGUGUAUUUAAUAUUCAAACUUGAUGGAUACAGGUAUACUUGAAAAGAAAUAUAAUUUGUUAUUCUCAAAUAAAGUUCUCUUGGUUCCUCGUUUACCACCAGCCAGUCACCUGUUUCUCCAUCACAUUGUUUUGUUUCUGUCAUCCUCAUGGCCCUAGAUGAUAAUAUGGUGUUAAUGUUCUUUGUUGCAGCCGCAUUAUUGCCAAGUGUGUUUAAAGAGGUCAAGAAAAAGGUCAAAGGUCA